AUGGUGCAUCUGAGGGGAACUGAUGCACUUGUGAACCAAGCUGCACCAGUAUUGCAAUCUAUGAAUGAGACACUGUGUAGAGAGGACAAUAUUCCUUGCCAAAUUGAAGAGGGCCUCUUCUUAGGUUCUCUUGGAGCUGCAAAUAACAAGGAGACGCUGGAGAACUUAAAUGUCACGCACAUUUUGACCGUGGCCGAUUCUUUGCCACCUAAAUAUCCAAACGAUUUCGUGUACAGGGUUUUGAAUGUCGAAGACAGAAGAACCACAGACCUGCAACAACACUUUGAUGAGUGUUUCAAUUAUAUCGAAGAAGCUAAAACAUCUGGGGGUGGUGUGUUGGUUCAUUGCUUUUCAGGAAAAUCGAGAAGUGCGACUAUUGUAUUAUCUUAUCUGAUGAAGAAGCAUCGUAUGAGUCUAUCUGAAGCUCUUGAACAUGUGAAGGAAAAAAGACCAGAGGCAGCUCCUAAUGCUGGUUUUAUUAAACAACUGAAGAACCUUGAAGUAGUGUUGGGCAUAUCCGCGAUUGAACUGCCAAAACCGACAAACCCAUAG